UUGAUAUCAUCUUCUUGCUGUGCUGUGAUCCCACAAAUAUUUUUUAAAGUUGUUAAGUAUUCAGAUAAAUUUGGCGAUUUUCAGGCAUGUUUUAGCGUCUCAUCAGCUACUGCUACAUAUUUCUUUUCUUCAUUUCCUCUGAUUGCCCUGUGCUGCUGCGUUUUUCUUGCAUUGUACAACGAUUUUGACAAAGCUACAGAGACGCAUUGCGGUGUGCGCAACGUUUUACCAUCGAUAUCAGUUGCAAUUGGUGAUUUUCAUUGGGGUCGCUUGAUAUGGAAAUCUCUAAUUUUUGCUCAUCUUCCACCGAGGGUGUUAGCGGCAUUUGCGUAUGCACAAUUGUUUAGGGUUCCAUUGGAAAACAUUGUACAGACUUAUUUUCGUUAUUUAACGUGUUUCCUGAACUUACUGGAAUUGUUUUGUUUGGGGUUGCUCAGUGCCGUCUCCUCGAAAGAUGACCACUACCGACAUGUUCUGGCCUUCUCCACUUUUCAGAUUGCGGGCAUGAUUCAUGGCGCUUUGCAUGUUGUAUUGUACCACAUUACGGGCAUUAGCGAUUUUAAUGUACAUUCGAGGAAAUCAUACCGGGUGAAGAAGAUAUGUUAUAAAUUGUCGAUACUAUUUCUUGCCAUCUGCAUGCUGUUGUACCAUCGACAUAACACAUACUGUGAGCCAUAUGUCUUUUCAAUGUUUGCAUUUUUUGAAUAUCUCAUUGUUCUUACAAAUAUUUUGUUUCAUGCUACAUUUCGCUUUGAUUUUUAUGGCUUACGACUUUUUGUAUUUUGAUU